AUGGACAGUAGUGGAAGUGGCAGUAGAAGUGGAAGUGCUGGUCAUGGCCACGGAAAAUCUACUAAAACUGAUCGAGUGUUAUACUCCACAUUAGCUGUGAUUGCCGGUGCAGGGACUAUUUACAUCAUUGACAAAGAAUUUAAUGCUAGUUUAAUUACUAGAUCUGCCCGUGCAUUGUACGUUUUGCUCUGGAUUGCUUAUGCAUACGGCAAGGACUCCAAAAAUUACAAGAGCAUCGAUGAUCUACACGAGAUUGCUAGCGAGCGCCUCUUGCAAAUGUUGAUGCAAAACAAGGGGCUCUAUAUCAAGCUAGGACAAGCAAUUGCCAACCAGGGUGCAUUGUUUCCAAAAGCUUACCAAGUGAGAUUCCCCAAGUUAUACGACGAAGCUCCUUUCGAUUCGUGGGACAAGGUGGACCAAGUAUUGAAAGCAAACUUGGGUCCAAAUUAUGAAAGUGAGAUUUUUGAGUGGAUCGAUCAUAUUCCCGUUGCUAGUGCUUCGAUUGCACAAGUUCACAAGGCUCAAUUAAGCAAAAAUUUAGGCUCCGCCAAAGUGGCUCUCAAAGUGCAACACGAUUACAUCGAUAAACAAAUAGUUGUUGAUCUUUGGGUAUACAGAUUUAUUUCUAAAGUCUAUGAAAAAGUAUUCGACAUCCCGCUAAGUAUGUUUACGAGCUACGUAUCUGAACAAUUGGUGAAAGAAACUGAUUUUGUUCAUGAGAUGCACAACUCAAUGCGCUUGGUUGAGCUUAUUGAAAACGAUCCAGUGUUGGAAAAAGAAAAUAUCAAGAUCCCGAAAAAUUUCCCCAAAUUGACCACAAGACAAGUGCUUCCUGCUGAAUGGGUUGAUGGCAUAGCGCUUACAGAUAAAGACGAAUUGAUUAAUAAUAAAUAUGAUUUGAAGUUGACAAUGUCCCAAUAUAUCAAGUUGUUUGGUAGACAAAUAUUCAAAUACGGGUUUGUCCAUUCUGAUCCUCAUCCAGGUAAUCUUUUGGCGAGAUUUGAUGAAAACGGUAAGCAGCAAUUGGUCUUGCUCGAUCAUGGUUUAUACAUAAAUUUACCUGAAAAGUUUAGACUACAAUACUGCAAACUUUGGAAAGAUCUAUUUGUCUUGAAUGUAAAAGGUGUUGAGCAAACUGGACGGGACUGGGGGAUCCAUUCUACCGAAAUUUUUGCUACAAUUGUGCAACUAAGACCAGUAAAAUUAGAACAGAAUAAAGAUGGUUCGAAAGAUGAUACAAGGGACAUUUCAGAUUUGCUCAAGUCAUUUAUAGGAGAUGAGCUGAAGUUCCCAAAAGAGUUGCCAUUUUUGUCUCGAACAAUGCGAAUGAUUCAGAACUUGAACCAGCAAUUUGGCUCUCCAGUAAACAGAAUCAAUCUUUUGACCAAGGAAGCCAUUACUGUGCUUUCCAAAGAUGGCAACUUGACAUGGUCUGACCGGUGGGACUUGCUCAAGAUUGACUUUAGCAUGAUUGUUUCCGGUAUCAUCUUUAGACUUAUUAGAAUUAGACAAUGGCUUACAGGAGACAAGUAUGGUGGUAAACAGAAAGGUUUGGAGGAUUAUAUAGAGAUGUAUAUGCAGAAUACUGCCAAAUCUUUGGGCAUGGAAUGGAUGUAA